UUUCAUAAAACAGAAAAGGUUUUGGCUUAUGAUCCAAACAAUUUGUAUUAAUGGGCCAUGUUCCCUUUGCAUUAUCAAAAAAAUUAAUCAAUUAGGAAAUAAACAGGAGGUACGUUAGGUAGGUACAUAACCUACACGAGAUUUUUUAAGCUAAAAUUUAUAACAUAUUAUUCAUAAAUAAGAAACUGUUGUGAACUGUUCGGAGUUAAAUAAAAAUUACUGAUGUUAAAAUGGUAGUAGCAGAAAAAAUGAAGUCAGUUUUAAAAGUUUCAGUUUCAGAUACAGAAUCAAGUGUUGAAGAAUCUAGUGAUAGUGAGAAUGAGUCUGUUACUAAUAAUGAAGUCGAUGAAAACCCGGAAGCAGAUUUCAAAAGCUCUAAAUCAGAUUCAGAGGAAGAGAAUCGCCUUUUAGCAAACGAAGGGUGGGCGGAUUCAAUCUCAAAAAUUUUAGGUUCCAGCAAACCUAAGAAUAAAAAAACAUUAGUCUUAUCUAGAGCCAAAAAGCAUUCAGAAAUAGUAAAAAAAGAAAAAGAAGAGAAACCAAGUUUUGAAGUUAUAGGUGAAGUGAAUGAAAUUGAAUCAAAAGUCAAGAAGGAAGAGAUUAAUGUAGAACCACCAGCUAAGAAAGUGAAACAUGAAAAACCAUCAAUAAGAAUUAAGCCAAACGUCUUAGAAAAGGACAGAGAAAGAUUAUUGAAUAAAAUAGCCACUAAAGGUGUAGUGCAAUUAUUCAAUGCAGUAAGAAAUCAACAAAAAUCUAUAGAGAAAGAAAUGGAUCGGAAUGACUUGUCUGAAGGAAAGAAAGAAAAGAUUUUGAAAAAAUUUGAUAAGAGAACUUUCUUGGAUACCCUUAUGGGACAGAGUAAAUCAAUAGUUGUUGAUGAACAUGUAAAAAGCUUAAAAGAUGAAGUUAAAGAUGAAACUGACAGACCCAAAUGGAAUGCUUUAAGAGAUGACUUUAUGAUGGGAGCCAAAAUGAAAGAUUGGGACAAAGAAUCAGUCGAUGAAUGAAAUAAAGUUUCUACCAAAAUAUUUUUA